UCAUUGCGGGGGAAGUUCGAGCUAGGGGAUUCCGGCAGCACCAUGGGCAGAGCUGGGGUCCCAGUGGCCCCUUCGAGCUUCUGGAUGCUCGGCAUAUAGGGGUUUUCGCUCUCUAUUCAGCUCUUGAGCCCGCGCGGCUGAAAAACAACCACGAAAUGUUUUCUCUUUUCUGAAGGAAAGCCAUUCAACUGGCGAGACCUCCUCCCCUAGGUGGGAUGCCUCUGUCUUGGGAGGGACUGAAGGAGCUUGGCACGGGGGCGGAGAGUGCCCUCCUUGAAUGCAAAAUGCCGUCUUCUCAAGUUGGCGAGCCCUGUUUCGAUCCACAAAUAUAAGUGGUGACUGUGGCUGUGGUGACUACUGGGGAGAAGAGGGAGGAAGAGAGUCGUGCGUCGAGAGCAGCUUCUGACUGUGUCCCCACUGUCAUGUGUGUGGGACCCAAGAGGGACCCGGGAUGGGGGGUGGUAACCUCGAUUCGCCCCUCCUGAGCAAUAUGCAGACGUGAGGGGACCAGUCACCUCUACAGGGCACAGUGAUUCCGCCGCCAAGGCCCUCCCCGUCUGGGACAAGUUGUCAUUCGUUCAUUCAUUCAUUCACUCAUUCAUUAGUUCCCAGGCUCCAGGCACCCAGACCGUCUUUAACUGAGUGUGAGAAGCAGAAACUUAGAGUUGGGAGGUUGGGGCGUGGGGGUAGGGGAGGAAGAAAAAAGGAGAAAAGACAGUCUCACCAUGGGACACAAUGAAAGCUGGAUUCCCCGAGACGCCAGUAACAGAGGCUUCCCCCAAGCUCUAGGGCCACAUAACGGGUCCGGCGCUGAGGCCGUCUGGACCAAUCGAAGCUCCCUCGGGGUCAGCACCUUGGAAAGCGGAGAGGAUAGUGAGGCUCAGACCUAUCGGCAUUUCACCACAACCGUGCAAAUUGUCAUCUUCAUUGGCUCUUUGUUAGGAAACGUCAUGGUGUUGUGGUCGACCUGCCGCACAACUGUGUUCAAAUCUGUCACCAACAGGUUCAUUAAAAACCUGGCCUGCUCGGGGAUCUGUGCGAGCCUGGCAUGUGUGCCUUUUGACAUCGUCCUAAGUGCUAGUGCCCACUGCUGCUGGUGGAGUUACACCAUGCUUUUCUGCAAAGUAGUGAAGUUCCUACACAAAGUGUUCUGUUCCGUCACUAUCCUCACCUUUCCCGUCAUUGCUUUGGACAGGUACUACUCAGUCCUGUAUCCAUUAGAGAGAAAAAUCUCUGAUGCCAAGUCUCGCGAGCUUGUAAUAUACAUCUGGGCCCAUGCAGUGGUGGCUAGCAUUCCUGUGUUUGCUGUGACCAAUGUGGCUGACAUUUAUGCCAUGUCUACCUGUACAGAUGUCUGGACCUAUAACCUGGGCCACCUAUUGUAUGUCCUGAUCUAUAACAUCACUACCGUCAUCGUACCUGUAGCCAUGGUCUUCCUCUUCAUGAUUCUCAUUCGCCGGGCCUUGAGCGCCAGUCAGAAGAAGAAGGUCAUCAUUGCAGCUCUGCGGACCCCACAGAACACCAUCUCGAUCCCUUAUGCCUCUCAGAGGGAAGCUGAACUGCAUGCCAUGCUGCUCUCUAUGGUGACAAUAUUCAUCUUCUGUAGUGUCCCCUACGCCACCUUGGUUGUCUACAGGGCUGUGCUCAAUGUCUCUGAUACAUCAGUCUUCCUGCUGCUCACUGCCAUCUGGUUGCCCAAAGUAUCUCUCCUGGCCAAUCCUGUGCUCUUUCUGACUGUAAAUAAAUCUGUCCGCAAGUGCUUGGUGGGAACCUUGGUGCAGCUUCACCGCAGAUACAGUCGUCGCAAUGUGGUUAGCUCAGGGAGUGGGGUCCCGGAUGGGGCCCUGGAACCCAGCGUACGCUCCGGAAGCCAGCUCCUGGAGAUGUUCCACAUUGGACAGCAGCAGAUCUUCAAGUCCACAGAGGAUGAGGAAGAGAAUGAGAUCAAAUCCAUUAGCUCUAGCGACUACCAAGUAAAGGAAAUCCCCACCGACACCCUGGAGGUAGAGCAAGCCCUACAGUUUGCCACUCUGCCAGCACCACCUGGCACAGUAGAUUCUAUGGGUCAGGGAGUACUGGCAAUGCCUGCAGAGGUCGAGGUAGCCCCUGAAAAAUAUUCCCUACAGUUUGGUUUUGGACCCUUUGAACUGCCUCCUCAGUGGCUCUCAGAGAACAGAAACAGCAAGAAACGGUUGCUUCCUCCACUGGGGAACACUCCAGAGGAACUGAUCCAGACCAAGUUAACUAAGCCAGGCAAGGUGGAACGGAAGAUCAGCAGAAACAACAAAGUCAGCAUCUUUCCAAAAGUGGAUUCUUAGCAAGGGCUGGAGCCCUGGGCUUGGCUUGCUAGCCAUAUUGUGUGAUCCCAUGGAUCGGCAUUGCAAUCUCUUAUGGGGUGUGUGAUGUGUGUGUGUGCCAGAUAUAGAGAUGGGAAAGAGAAACCAAUAUCCAAGUAUUAUUAUUAUUAUUUUUAUAUGUCUCUAUGUCACAAAUGUUAAUGGUAAAGUUCGCAUUCUCUCUCUUUUGUGGAAACUACAGAGCCUCUCCCACCUCUCCAUACACUUCCCCAGGACUUCUCGUUUUGUCUCCCAUGUUCACCUGGGAGAUUAGAAACCUAAGAAAAUCACUCAGCUGGCACAGAAAAGCAGCUGUCUGGAGGAGGCCCAAGAUGACUGUAAAUAAUAGGUCAUAAAGACAAGACCAAAUGUCUCACAUCCCUAAAUAUCACUUAAACUGUUAAGACUUUUUAAAAAUGCUUAUCUAGAUCCUUUUCUUCCUAGAAGGUUAACCUAUUCUAACUGACAUCUCACAAUGAUUCCUUGUUACUUACACUGUGAUAUAGGGAAAUAUACAUAUGAAAAAUGAAGUACCCACUACCACUGGUUGUGGAAAAGGUUAAACAGGAACACCUAGAAUGUAAAUUUCCCAGAAUUAUCCUCUACAUUACUGAAAGUACUGGAGAAAAUGUAUGUAGCUGCAAGAUACUGCAAGCUACCUACACAUCCUCUUCCCCCUCCACAUCUUGUUCCAGCAUCAGUAACUGAGAGAGACAGCUGGGAAUCAAGAACUGGUCUCAGAACUAGGAAGACCUGGGUUCAAGUCCUUCCACGAACACAUACUGAUUGGGUAACUCUGGGCAAGUCACUUAAUCUUUCUGUGCCCUUGGCCACUUAUUAAGAAUAUAAGUUGUCAACCUGUCUUGAUAGAGUUUCUUUAUCUGAGAAUUCCUUCUACUAUACUAAUCAUAGGUCCAGUCUUUACAGUAACUUUUGUCUGUUGUUCAGUUUUGUCCAAAUCUCUGUGACCCCAUUGGAGGUUUUCUUGGCAAAGAUACUGGAGUGGUUUGCCAUUUCCUUCUUUAGCUCAUUUUACAGAUGAGGAAACAGAGGCAAACAG